UGGCCAGAUCGAGAAGAUGGUACAAGAGGCCGAAAAGUACAAGGCUGAGGAUGAGGACCACAAGAAGAAAGUUGAGGCCAAGAAUGCAUUGGAAAACUAUGCCUACAACAUGAGGAACACCAUCAAGGAUGAGAAGAUCAGUUCCAAGCUUGGCCCAGAUGACCAGAAGAAGAUUGAAGCUGCCAUUGAGCAGGCAAUUCAGUGGUUGGAUGCGAACCAGCUUGCUGAGUCGGACGAGUUUGAGGACAAGAUGAAGGAGCUGGAAGGCAUCUGCAACCCCAUCAUUGCCAAGAUGUACCAGGGUGCCGGUGGUGCUGCUAUGGAUGAUGAUGAUGCUCCUCCUGCUGGUGGUAGUGGUGCUGGUCCCAAAAUUGAGGAAGUUGACUAAGCUCUUCAGUUUGCGUGAUGGCAGGUAUGUGUAGAAAAUAAGCGG